GUUUUAAUUAGUCGAACGUCAAUUUUCGUUUCCCGUUUUAAUUUUUUUUUAUGAAAUUUUCGAUAAAUAGGUUGAAAAUUAGGGAAAUAUGUUCAAUACGAAGAUAAAGGAGAUAAAGGGUAAGUACAUAGAGGAAUGCCAGCCCGAUGGCAAGGAAAACGAAUUUAAUAGUAAUGGUGAUGUGAUAACGAUGGAAGCCUGUGAUUUGGUCGGCGAUACAAACUACUGCAGAAUCAUUAGGGGAUUGGAUUCGGACAAUUAUAUGCACAUUUCACGAAUACCUUAUGCCACCUUGCGAGCUCUACCAACAAGGGAAUAUCUAGAUUUGGUAUUAGUGCCGAUUUUGAUAACAGCACUUAACCACAUUGCCAAGACGAGACCGCCUAAUGCAAUGAAAGCAUUCGCAUUAUACUUGUUAAAACAUAGAGGAGAAUACGAGACUCCUGAAGACUUAUCCGAUGGGACUCCUGCUAGCACGAAUAGUGUUAAAUAGAAAAUUAAAAC